GUUGCGAACUGGUCGUCAAAGUUGAAGAGAAAAUAGCGGGAUCCCCAGGAACAAGAGCGAGGGUCCGUCGGCGUUCCUUCUCUCUCAAUAUUGAUUUCGGGCUUCACUCGCUGUGGGAAAGGGCAGAAAGGGAUAGAGAUUGCGAGAGAGAGAGAGGGGUGGGGAGCGAUGGGCAAUUUGAUGAGUUUUUUCUUCGACAAGGAGCCUCCACCGCCCAUGGUGCUGGUUCCCCCCAUCUUCGACUUCCCUCCCCUCGCGGCGCGCACCAGGAUGUUAGUUCCAGCUUAUGACUUACUAUUUGGGAAGCUUGCAUUGCGUUCCCUUUUUGAGGACUACUUUGAGCAAGCAAGGAACCUCAACACAAGAAUCAUGCUAAAACCAUUGGAGGAUCCUCAUGUGGAUUUACUUGCAACUGUGUCAGGUCCCCUUGAUCAGAAAUCUGGGAAGGCUGUUGAAGGAAAUGCAUUAUUCCGCUGGCAAAAGGACUUGGAUGAUCCUCAUACAUUUAUGGACCUUAUGGUAUCUACUUUCGAUCCCAUACUGCGUUUGAGAUCAUGUGCUUACUACCCUAGAUAUCAAUUUGGAGCUUUUGGUAUAUUUCCUUUGGUAAUAACAAAAAGGGCACUUCCAGAAGAUUAUGGUGUUAUGGGCUUGAGAUAUGGAUCAGAAAAUCUAUCCAUCGGGACCUCAUUUAUGCCAUUUCCUUUGUCUGGUGAUACUCCAAUUUGUGCAUGGCUAGUCGGCAGGUCUGGGAGAUUAAGUGUAGGAUUGAAGUACAUCACACCUUAUGAAGGCAAACACCUUAUGAACUUCAAAGACUUGAAGAACUGGAGUUGUGCCAUUGGUUAUGGAUUAGGUUCAAGCAGCCCAUUAUGUCCUUCAUUUAAUUUCAGUCUUGAGCUUGCUAGAAGUUCACAGCUUACUGCAUCAUUCUAUCAGCAUGCUGUGGUGCAAAGAAGGGUGACUAAUCCAUUUGAAGAAAAUCAGAUAGUUGGGAUUACAAAUUAUAUUGACUUUGGCUUUGAGUUGGUGACCAGAAUCAAUGGAGAUAAAUCAUUGGAGAGUGUGGAUGAAUCUUCAUUCCAAUUAGCUGCAUCUUGGCAAGCUAAUAAAAACUUCUUACUGAAGGGAAAAAUGGGCCCUUCUAGCUCUUCCAUAGCUUUAGCAUUCAAGUCUUGGUGGAGACCUUCCUUUACAUUCAGUAUUACUGCCAUGAGUGACCGUUUGCAUGGGACAACAUCUUAUGGAUUUGGAAUCCGAGUUGAAGAUCUCAGAGAACCCAGUUAUCAAAGGGCUGAUCCCAAUUAUGUGAUGCUGACACCAAACAAAGAGCAUUUGGCAGAAGGCGUUCUUCGGAAUUUUGGAAAGCGGCCCAUGUUUCAAAAGGAAAUAGACUCGGGAAACUUCGAUCACUUACCAAGGGAGCUAAAACCUAUUGGCAAGAUCUUCUAAAACUUUCAGUUGGGUCAAUCCAGGGAACCUGACAAGGGAUUUCCUUGCCUUGAAGACUCGCAAUCAUCCGAUUCUUCUGCAGGGGAUGCAAUUAAAGAACGCUGGUAACUUUUACCGGAAAAGUAAUGCUGAUCAUGAUUAACUCUUGCGCAAUGAAUCAGCUCAAAGUGGGCUUUUUGUAUAUGUGCUAGAUUUGUGGUGACAGUAAAUUUUGAUCUUCUGGACCCGGAUCAUGGAUAAGGUGGAUUUGUGUUUUGGUCAUGAGCAUUUUUUCAGCAAGUCCUUUCUGCUGAAUUUGUUAACAUAAUGGGAGCUUUUGCCUUUUUGUC